CUCAUUCAUCCACUGCUAUUUGUUAUGAAGACGCAUUCAUGCAAACACUGUCGAAAAAUCUUGCUAAAAGCCCCGGACUUCCAUAGGGAUUACGAAGAAGUGAAGGAAGUUUAUUCAACAGCGACCGACCUGUCUGUCAAGGAUGUCAGACAAGGCAUCAGCGAUCGCUGUGAGCUCUUCCUCGGAUUUGUAUCCACCUCACGCGCUACAUCGCUCCAAUCCAUAGUGAGGUGGUACGUCGCACCUGCAAUCGGCUUCAACUCUUCACGCGCGAUCGUCUUACAUCAAGCUUGGAGAUUUCACUGGUCAACAAGAUCCUGGAGCUUGAAAUUAUGGUUACAGCCUCAAGGAGCACCAAGCUCGCGGGUAUUCCCCUGGAAAGAUGCAAACAUCCAACGCGUCUUAUACGACAUGCAUGGGGACGGAACAUGGGCUCAAUAUCGACAUUUAAACGACGAGCGCUAUCAUUUCCCGGGCAGACGAGCAAUGAAUCUUGAUCCUGACUCUCUCGAUACAUAUCAACUUGCUAAAAAAUGGAUAAGAGAAUGCACUGAAACACAUGAACACGAUAUAGACCGUAGUCAGCGCAAAGCUAUAUUACCGCUUCGCCUUCUGCACAUAACAAAAGCAGAAACCUAUCGAAUCAUUCUCGUGAGAACAGAAAGCUUCAAAGAAGAACGCGACCCAGCUUACCUCACCCUAAGUUAUUGCUGGGGUGGCGUGCAGGAGCACAAGCUGACCAAGUCCCAGCUUGCGCAUGGAGGUGUCAGUGAUCUGCAGUACGAUCUGAUGCCGCGCACAAUCCAAGACGCGAUACAUGUCACUGCGAGAUUGGGAUAUACAUAUCUCUGGAUAGACUCUCUAUGUAUCGUGCAGGAUGACGAGACAGAAUUCCACAAGGAAAUUGCAAAGAUGCCAGAUAUCUAUAGUGGUGCAGUCGCAACGAUCGCAGCAACAAGCGCUCAAACCGCAAAACAAGGAUUUCUGCACAGCCGUUUUGAGGAGUCCGAAGCCAUCACGGGUUUGUCAUUGCAGUAUCCCGAUAACACAAGCCGGGAAGUAGGGCUACUGAGCUCUAGCGGUACCAAGGAGACUGAUAUCAAUCCCUUGGAUAGUCGCGCCUGGGCUUUGCAAGAACACGUUCUAUCGACGCGUGUUCUUCAAUACCGCUAUGGCCAAUUACAAUUUCUCUGUCGCUCGACAUCAAGCAGAGCCUCCACAUACCCCGGUCAAACAGAUGGAUGGGAUAACGCCCAAUCGUCCAGAGAGCUAGGUGAUAAAUUACCAGUCCCACUAUUCCCAUCUCACUUCGAGAGCGCUGAGGAAUGCGAAAAACUCUGGGAGUUGAUCAGAGACAAUUAUUCAUUGCGCGACAUUACGGAGAAUUCAGACAAGGUUCCCGCUAUCUCCGGAGUUGCUUCGAGGUUGGCGCCGUUCAUUGUAGGCAAGCAAUAUGUUGCUGGUCAUUGGUUAGACAGUCGAUCGCUGGACUUAAUUUGGUAUGUGAACGAUCAUGCUUUGAGCACCAACCUGGGUUUUUACAGAGAGUAUAAUCAAGCCUACGGAGACCCAGACUGGUUCGCGCCUACAUGGGCGUGGACUAGCGUUCCACGCGGCGCGCGUCCGUACUUGAAGUCCUCUAGCAUCAAUCUCGAAAACACUACAUGUUUCUGGAAAGUCAAAUCCACAGACAAGCUUCUAGUCGAAGAGACAGCGCCCUUUGGAGCGGUAUACGCAGCUGUCCUUGAUAUAACCGGCUUGAUCCCUCGAAUUGAGGUUCAAAUUCUCGGAAAAAAAGGGUCAAUUUCAUACGCGCUCAAAUGGACAGCUUCUGCCCCUCCGUCAUGGCUUUCCGGGUUCGAACUUUACAUGGAUUGCAGCCAUUCGAGCCAAGGAUUCAGUCGGGCACUGCUGGAUAUGCCCGUGCAUAUCUUACCAGCGUUCAAGAUCCAUGACUCGUAUAGGCAUAGGAUGUUUGGUCUUGUUAUUGUUGAACUGCCUGAUCAGGAAGGAUAUCCGGUUCGUCGGUAUGAAAGACACGGUAUGUUUCGGUGGAAUAUCAGACACAUUGAUGAUCCUGCGGCGAUGGAAUGGCUCAAUACAUUUCCGUUGGUAAGCGUGGAGAUACAGUGA